AUGACGACCAUCAGGCAGCUUGCGCCCGACGUAACCAUCUUCUCCGCCCCCUUCUCCCGCUUCGGCCUCUUCAAGAUUGGCGCACGAGCAACAGCCCUCGGGGUAACAAACACAACAGGCACACCAGCAAAAGACGUCAUCAUCGUGUCGCCCAUCGCCGCAUCGCCUGAGAUCGAGGCGGCGCUUGUUGGACUCGGCACAGUCAAGUAUCUCGUUGCGCCUGACCGAGAGCACCACUUGCAGCUCGAGGACUAUGCAAAGCGCUACCCAGAGGCCAAGAUCAUCGGCGUCGAAGGCCUUCCUGAGAAGCACCCAAAUUUGACCUUCUUCAAGGUCUUUGGCAACAAGGCGUAUGAUCAUGUGACAGAGAUCGGAUGGGAGAAUGAGGUUGAGGCCGUCUACUUCCCCGGACACGGCAACAAGGAGCUUGCCCUGUUUCACAAACCAUCGAGCACGCUUGUCGAAGCAGAUCUGCUCUUCAAUCUGCCACCUAUCGAACAGUACAGCAAAUCUGGCGGCUACUCAACGGGUGGCAUGCUCUCUUCUCUAUCGCCCUUCGCCAAGCUCAAGGCAGACUCCAAGUUUCAUCAAUGGUUCAAUGUCAAUGUGCUUUGCAAGGACAAGGUGAGUUUCAAGGCUUCCCUCGCCCAGGUUGACAAGUGGCCCUUCCAGCGCAUCGUGCCAUGUCACGGAGAUGUUAUUGAGCAGAAUGCCAAGGGUAUCUGGCAAACGGCCUUCUCUGGCAUCACACAAUAA